AGCAGAUUGACGUAUUUAAUCUGUGCAUUUGGCAAACCUUUGAUCGCUUGUAUGUACAUAGUUUCUAUAUUUUACUGUCUUUUAUAAGUGCCUAAAAAUUUAAAUUUGCGAAAGAAACCAAAAUGAGCCAGGAGUCCGAUAAACAAAAAGAUGAAGAAUUACUACCGCCUCCACCAGAAGAAGUUGUUACACCAUCAACUGUUCAGAAAAUCGCAUAGAAAAAACUGCCUACAAGCCUGAUGCCACUGUGGUGUCAUACUCUGUCAACCCUGAUACAAAACCAGGCGAUAACUACAUGUCGAUCAUGUAUGCGGUAGAAAUCCUAUUAAUAAAUGGGAACAAUGACCCGGAAAAACUUGACGUAAUGCUCAAAACCAUGCCGAAAAAUGCACUCCGUGUUAAAGAAAUUAAUGAUAUGACCGCAUUUGUGAAAGAAGUGAAUAUGUAUACUCAAGUUAUCCCAGAGAUGAUCAAGUUCCAGGAGGACAAGGGAUUGGAAAGGUCACAAAUAUAUUCUGGGUGGCCGACCUGCUUCGUGACAUUUCAAGACGGCCUAAACGACUAUUUGGCAAUGGAGGACUUGAGGAGAGAAGGGUUUUACGUGGCUGAUCGCAUCAACGGCUUGACCCCUCCACAAAUUAGUCUCGUGCUACUCAACCUUGCCCAAUUUCACGCCAUCUCAUACGCCCAAUUUGCCGGUGACAGGACCGCCAUAAUGUCAAAGUACCCUUGGCUUAAAGAACGCCUAUUUCCUCCCCUUGACAAAGCCGACCCAAAUAUGAUUUCCUGGAUGAAAUCGUCCCUCAUCAGCAUCUCCGAGAAGAUCCGUGCCGCCGGUCAUGCUCACGAGGCUGAUCUAAUCUCCAAACUUUAUGGCGGCGACGACCCCAACGACGCCCCCUUCUGGUCCGAUUUGAAUUCCCAUAUCGACGGAAAUUCGAAACUGUUAAAAAUAAUCAUGAUAUGAUCUGCCAAUGAUGUAUGUCAAUUAUGUGCAUAGCAUCAAAUAUUAGACCACCAACUAUUAUGGGUGGAUUUGCAUCAGUUUAUUAACCUGCUAGGUUAUGCAUGCAUUAUGAAUGCAUUAAUUGUACUUGCUUAUAUACGACAUGACUUGAUCUUAAAUAAAGUAGUCGCUAAAUGUACUCGUUGAGCAGAUGAGCUAAACCCUUAUUUUGAACACGUUAUCAGCACGGCUCUAGUUACUGCUCAACUUAAUCUGAAAAGAUUAAUAUGUGAAAAGUUCUACAAUAUAAAAAAGUGAGACUGAGACCAAGAUCUGAAAAAGACUUGUGACUAAUUCAACAUUGUUAAGUUGUUCUAAUAGUAAGUCAGAAAAUGACUUCGACUACAAAAAUUUCCAUGAGGAGAUUUGAUACUUCAUCCAUCUCGAAGUUAAACGGAGAAAAUUACACGGUUUGGAGGAUAAGGUUAGUGUGUUUCUUUAAAACUCAUCAAUUAAUGGAAAUUGUUGACGGGACACAAAUACGCCCAGCCGCAUCAGGACCUGACCAAGAAAAUUGGGACGAAGGCAACAACGAAGCCUUAACGGUCAUGUAAUUUACUAUGACAGAUGAACAAGUAGAAACGGUAUUUGGUUGCAAAACUGCACCAGAAAUGUGGGAUAAAUUGAGUUCCAUAUAUCAAAGCACAAGCGGAGAAAAUAAACAAGCCUUGUGGCAAAAGUUUUACUUGAUUAUGGCUGAUGAAAAAUCGCCAGUUAAAACCAUGAUUCAGAUACAGAAUAUUGCUUCACAGCUCAGAAGCUUAGGAAUAGUAAUUGAUGACGUAGCUGAAGUGGCCAGAGUAAUCUCAAGCUUAGCGGGAGAUAAAUACAGACAAUUCAGGGAAGCCUGGAGAUCGGUGGACAUAAGUAAACAAAGUACCAAGUUCAAGGUUGAUGAAUGCAUGAAAUUAAAUUCUGAUAUCGUAGUUGAAAAAACUGUGAUAUUCGGAACCGGAGAAUUAACAAAAAUCUCAGAAAUUGAGGAUUUGAAUUGUUUUGUUGUGACUAACGAAACGCCCUCAUUCUGUAAACCAGUAAUGAAUGUGAAAGAUGAAAUUAUUGCCACCAACAUUACAGAAAACAAUGUUAAAAUACCGAGAUAUAAGAAUGGAAAAGAUUAUCAGAGUCAAAGGUUAAUCUCAUUUGCCCCGGAGAAAGAAAAUAUGUUUUGGCUGAAUGAAUUGCAUACGAGUCAUCGAGCUUUGAAAUAUGCAAUAAACACUGACAUUCUACACAGACCUCAUCGUACGAAAAGUACCGAGGAAGCCCCACCUGAACAAGCAGUUAUACCUGUCACACGACGAGAUGAUACUAAAAAAUCAAAUCAGAGAAACCCAGGAAAAAAUAAGAAAAAGAGGACGAAUGCUCGUGUUUUAAUUCCAAAGAAUUAUUGCAAGUUUAAUGCACCAUGGUCAGAAGAAUUUGAGAUGUUAAAGUUGUUUUUCAGCAUAAGAAUUCUAGUCCUGAUCAGAUUUCAUGGAAGGGAAGUCUUUUUUCGAAGAGAAAAAGGAACACACUUCCGUAAGUCCAACUAUGUGCUGAAAAAGCAUAACAUAAGCGAGUAUCAACCUCGGCUCGUUUUAAUGCAGAUCUGCAUGCAGUUUAAAGGGAGCGAGCGUGCUACUUAUGAGUUUGCACUCAUUGUUUUACUUCUGUACAUGCAUUCGAAUGCAUCAGAAGGAAUUUCCCAGUAUUUAAAAAGGAGAAAAAUCUGUGAGCAUUAUUUAUGGGAUUGGCCUAUUCAAAUUGGUAAAACCGAAAAGUUUUGUCCAAAAAUGUGAACUAAAAAAGGGAAAACCUUUUGUGAAGUUUUAUUAUUUUAUUGGUGCUCGUUCUCAGCAGCAAAGAAUAUGUGGAGGAGCAGCAGCAGUUCAAGGAGCAGUCUACCCUACUAUGGAGCUUGGUGAUGGAACGACCCGGAGAAUAAUAUUUAAUUAGAUCAUAUAUGUUUAAAGGGAGUGUUAAAAAUAAUCAUGAUAUGAUCUGCCAAUGAUGUAUGUCAAUUAUGUGCAUAGCAUCAAAUAUUAGACCACCAACUAUUAUGGGUGGAUUUGCAUCAGUUUAUUAACCUGCUAGGUUAUGCAUGCAUUAUGAAUGCAUUAAUUGUACUUGCUUAUAUACGACAUGACUUGAUCUUAAAUAAAGUAGUCGCUAAAUGUA